AGACCUGGGGGCCCAGACGACCUUGAACUAGGGCACUCUGCUCCUACGCACCAGCUGCCUCCCGCGGCUCUGUGAGAAGCAGCUGUGUCACUCAUCGGUGGACUUUGACAGGGCCCAAGGGCUCUGCUCAUCUCUCCCCACCUGUCCCCUUCCAGCACCUCGAGGUGCUUGCUGAGGCCGACCACAUAGGUCCCCUCAAAGCUGGAGACCCAUGAUGAGACCCCACAGUGUCCUCUGGAUCCUGCUUGGAUUGCUGCUGUGCCCAGAGCCCGGGACAGCCUCCUUGCCUCUGCUCAUGGACUCCGUCAUCCAGGCCCUGGCUGAGCUCGAGCAGAAGGUGCCAGGGACUGGGGCCAACCAAAGUGCCUCUGCAUGGCUUCUAUCAGCCCAGAGCUCUGGGCCCCGCCAUCCCCUCCACCACCUCCUGCUGGAGGCACCAAGUCUCAAGAUCACCGAGCUGGAGCCGCCACCCCUGAACCCAGAGCUUCAAGACCUGGUUGAGAAGGUGGUCCGACAUGAUGUACAGGACGGGCGGGAGUACGGGGUGGUGCUGGCACCCGAUGGCUCCACUGUGGCUGUGAAGCCUCUGCUGGUGGGACUGACAGCCGGGCUACAAGUGCACAAGGUUUCAACCUUAACCUUGUCCUCUGAGAGCCCGGCCACCCCUCAAGAUGCUGAAGCCACCUCCCCAGGGCCCACGGGUGCUUCUCCAGUUAUCACCCCUACAGAUGCCAGAGCCACCCUACCAAAAGGCAAAGCCGAACUGCUCACUGCUAGGGACAGCUUCCUGACCAUCACCCUCGCUGCAGAUCUGGGCCUAACCUUCCUCCAGGGCUCCCAGGACAAGAACCUCCCAAGCCUGGGAACUGAUGGCUGCUGGGACCAGCUCUCUGUCCCCCAGAAAUUCAUGCUGCUGGACUCCAAGGUGUCCGUGCUGACCAUGGCCUUCCUCAAUGGCGCCCUGGAUGGGGCUCUCCUUGGAGACUACCUAAGCAGGGUCCCUGAGCCCCGACCACUCCUCAGCCGCCUGCUGAGGGAGUACUAUGGAGCAGGGGUGGCUGGAGACCCUGAGUUCCGCAGCAACUUCCGGCGGCAGAAGGGGGCUGCUCUGACCUCAGCCUCCACCCUGGCCCAGCAGGUGUUGGGGGCUCUUGUGCUCCUACAGGGUGUGGAGCCAGGACCGCCACAGCUGCAGAAUAUCAGCCAAGAACAGCUGGCCCAGGUGGCUGCCCACGCUGCCAGGGAGUUCACGAAGGAUUUCCUGGGAUGCCCAGCCAUCCACCCCCGCUGCCGCUGGGAAGCCGCGCCCUACCGGGGCCUCCCGAUACCACUGAAGCUGCCGCUCAGGUUCUUGUAUGUGCAUCACACCUCUGUGCCGGCUUCACCGUGCACCACCUUCGAGCGCUGCGCCGCCAACAUGCGCUCCAUCCAGCGUUUUCACCAGGACCAUCGAGGCUGGGAUGACAUCGGCUACAGUUUCGUGGUGGGCUCUGAGGGCUACGUGUACGAGGGCCGCGGCUGGCACUGGGUGGGCGCGCACACGCGCAGACACAACUCCCGCGGCUUCGGCGUGGCCAUCGUGGGCGACUACACCAAGACAUUGCCCAGCAAGGCCGCGCUGCACAUUGUGCGCGACAUGCUCCCUGGCUGCGCAGUGCGAGCCGGCCACCUACGGCGCGACUACCAGGUGCUGGGCCACCGCCAGCUGGUGAAAACCGACUGUCCUGGCGAAGCGCUCUUCCACCAGCUGCGCACUUGGCCGCGCUUCUCGGAGACUGGAAACUAAGAACUACCAGGACGGCCUCUCAAAGAUCCAGGAGGGUACUGCCUCUCAUGGUCGAUUCUUCCAGCAGCUGCAGAUCUCCAAUAAAGUCACCAUAGAAA